AUGAGUUCUUCCCCACGACUAACCUACCUGAGAGUUGCUGAUGCUUAUCUACUCAACCGGACUUGGUCUUGGGGCGGCAAUGAACAGUGUCGUUGGUAUAUUGCCAACCUCCUCUCCUGCUUCCCAGUGUGUGUCCAUGAUGACAAGGGGAACUCCGUGUCUUGGUCUGUCACAGACCAGUUUGCCACCAUGUGCCAUGGCUACACCCUGCCAGAGCUUCGCAGGAAAGGUUACAGCUGGCUGGUGGCCCACGCUGGAUUCCCCUCUCAGGGCAAUGUCCUGGAUGACAACGUGUUCUCCGUUAGCCUCCUAAACAGCAUCCAAGCCGAGUUCUUGCCUUGUCGAUUCUAUAGGCUUGUUCUCACCCCUGCAGCUUUCUCUGGGCAAGUUCACCCCUAG